UGACAUCAUCGGAUUCGAGUCCAACAUCACCAAUGACGUCAACCAGUACAUGUACUAUAACAGUCGAAGAUGCGAAUGAUAAUGCUCCGGUUUUCAUUGGCCAGAUGGAAUUCCACGUGACCGAAGGUGAAUACGUCACACCAACGUCAUUCGGUACCAUAGAAACCAAUGACGAUGACGUAGGUGCCAACGGAAUCGUCACAUAUCGGAUAUUACGUCAGGAAACGCAAUCUGGUCAACUUGGUAUCACCAUUGACCCAAAUACUGGAGAACUUCGUGUUCGCGGAACAUUAGACCGGGAAAAAUAUCUCCCCGAUGGACUUUUCCGCAUUACUGUACUAGCUACUGAUAGCGCGCCAUUGAUUUCAAACCAACUGUCCAAAAUGGGCAUUGUAAACGUCAUAGUGGAUGAUAUCAAUGACGUCACCCCGGAGUUUACGAAUGCUGAUACCUUCCUUGUUCCGCCAAACUCCAUCGCCAAUGUUGGUUACGUGGUAGGCAGGGUACAUGCCAUGGAUACGGACGCAGGGGUGAAUGGUGAGGUUGUUUACAGCUUGGACACCGAAUCCUCUAUAUUCACCAUCAACCAACAAACCGGGGUCAUCCGGAUUUCGAAUCCAAUUCAAGGACCUGGGGUAUUAUACCAAGUUGAAAUAGUCGCAAAAGACAAAGGGACACCAGCCAGGUCAAAUACAAUGGUAUUAAAUGUGAUUGUGGGGAGGACUGACUCUAAUAACGGUCCUGUGUUCGAACGUAGCUCAUACACUGCUAGUAUAGUGGAAAACAUGGCGGCCGGAACAAACCUUGUUACUGUAACCGCAACUGGAAAUCAGGUCGCAUACUACAUAACGUCAACCACAAGUAACAGCGAAUCCACCAUCCGUCCCUUUGCAAUUCAUCACACAACUGGUAUCAUCAGUAACUUGAUGACGUUGGACCGUGAGAACGGUGUGACGUCAUACACGGUUCAAGUUGUAGCGGUGGAUAUGACGUCAAAUGUAAACAAUCCAAGAAUUACUUCGACAAACGUAAGAAAACAAUUUGGAUUUUUGGUAAAAUAUGCUUUUAAAUAAAGAU